GGGACCGAAGGACUCGCAACGAAUACGAAUAAACAUCCCUUCGAUAUUCACAACCUGUUCGAACUUCCCCCCACAUCUUGGCUCAUCAAAUGAUCCACAUCAAUACGAACGAUAACGAAACUUACUAUCACCACUUUAAGUCCAACUUGAAGGAACUCAAGGCGGGGUGGACAUUGCACACCCUUGACACGAUGCUGCUUACGCUCAUUGUCUCUAUUGGCUGCAUGGAAAAUGGGGGCAAUGGUAAUGUGAGCUAAAUACUAAGGAUUGAUGGCGAGGAAACGGGGCACGUUACCUGGGUGAAAGUUUAGGGUCGUCUGCAGAGCCCAUCUUCUUCUUGCAGUCGAAUCCUUGAAAAGAAAGCCAUCUCAUUCAAGACCGCACUGCAUCGCACACAGUAUGUUUUCAGUUCACAGAUGCCCUCGACACGUCUAGAGGUAUUAGACUCACAGAAUAUACACAUCUACCAAAUCCACGACCAGGCCAAGUCCAGCC